CCACAAAGAAAGCCUCUUCCCUUUUUUCCUUUCUUCAACUUCGACUCUAAGCUUUACACAUAUCGUGUUGUUCAUCAUCACUAGUCACUACUGGCUGGAUAUUAUUUUGCUCCCAUCUCACACCUUCCUCCCUUUCUUUGUUCUCCGAGAUCUAAAAGCUCUCAGCUUUUGUAUCCUUCUCACUUGGAACUCUUAAAUCAUCGAUACUUACACUGCAUAGGUAGUAGCGAUAGUCGCCGCUUCUGUUUCCCCUAAAAAGCUUUUUAGUUCUGCCGUUGCUUCUCUUCGUAUACCCACUUCUAACUUGAUCUAUUAAUCGAUUGGAUUCUCUCAUUCUACUCGCCAUUUGUUUCCUUCUUCAAUUGGCCGCAAGCUCUUGUGCCCUUGUUUACUUACUCUCUUUCGUCUCUUCUGUCUUGUUCCUUCUGUUGUUUCGGUGCCAGAUAUUCAGGGGUGAGUUGCCCUUUUCCCGAUUCGGGAACUUGUUGGGAUUACCUAAUUUCUUUUCCGAGCGGAAUUGAUUUCCCUGAUCUUGCUUUGCUAGUUGGAUUCGAUUUGGCUUCUAAGGAAGUUCUAGGCUUUGUUUUGCUGGGAUUCCAUUUCAGAUUUUGCUGGGUGGUGGCUGAUCUGGUGCCUAAGUCUAAUCCUGUGAAGUUUUGGCUAUCUGGGUUCUUCUUCUCUACUGAUCAAAUUGCACUCAGAGAGCUUUCAGUACCUCUGUAAGACACUGCGGUUUGUGGGUGGAGGCAGACUCUCGCUUGAUACAGAAUUUUGGGGAAGAUUAAUGCGUUGUUGGUGUUGAGAUGCAGCCUGAUCAGCGAAAGAAGUCUGUUGAUGUUGACUUUUUCACCGAGUAUGGUGAGGGUAGCAGGUAUAAAAUAGAGGAAGUUAUUGGCAAAGGAAGUUAUGGUGUUGUUUGCUCGGCAUAUGAUACACAUACAGGAGAGAAAGUUGCAAUUAAGAAAAUCAAUGACAUCUUUGAACAUGUCUCUGAUGCCACUCGCAUCCUUCGAGAAAUUAAACUUCUUAGGCUUCUACGUCAUCCAGAUAUUGUGGAGAUCAAGCACAUCUUGUUGCCCCCUUCCAGAAGGGAGUUUAAGGACAUCUAUGUAGUUUUUGAGUUGAUGGAAUCUGAUCUACACCAAGUUAUCAAAGCAAAUGAUGAUCUAACACCUGAGCACUAUCAGUUCUUUCUUUAUCAGCUUCUCCGAGGCCUGAAAUACAUACACACUGCAAAUGUGUUUCACAGGGAUCUAAAACCCAAAAACAUCUUAGCCAAUGCUGACUGUAAAUUAAAGAUUUGUGACUUCGGCCUUGCAAGAGUUGCCUUCAAUGACACUCCCACAGCAAUUUUCUGGACAGAUUAUGUUGCGACGAGAUGGUAUAGAGCUCCAGAAUUGUGUGGGUCAUUUUUCUCCAAGUUCUAUUUGCUAUUCUGUGUAUAUAUGCAGUACACACCUGCAAUAGACAUAUGGAGCAUUGGAUGCAUCUUUUCUGAACUUUUGACCGGGAAACCUCUUUUCCCUGGGAAAAAUGUAGUUCAUCAGUUGGAUCUGAUGACUGAUCUUUUGGGAACACCAUCUUCUGAAGCAAUUGCGAGGGUUCGUAACGAGAAAGCUCGUAGAUACCUUAGUAGCAUGCGGAAGAAGAAGCCGAUUCCUUUUACUCACAAAUUCCCUCAUGCAGACCCUCUUGCACUUAGGUUAUUAGAAAAAAUGCUAGCAUUUGAACCCAAAGACCGGCCUACCGCUGAAGAGGCCCUUGCUGAUCCGUAUUUCAAAGGUUUGGCCAAAGUUGAGAGAGAGCCUUCCGCUCAACCUGUCACCAAAAUGGAAUUUGAAUUUGAGAGGCGAAGAAUAACAAAAGAAGAUGUAAGGGAGCUCAUUUACCGAGAAACACUCGAGUACCAUCCAAAAAUGUUGAAAGAAUUCUUGGAAGGUUCAGAACCAACUGGCUUCAUGUACCCAAGUGCUGUUGACCAUUUCAAGAAGCAAUUUGCUUAUCUUGAGGAGCAUUAUGGAAAUGGUGGGCCUGCUGCUACUCCGCCAGAGAGAACUCAUGCGUCAUUGCCAAGGGCCUGUGUAUUAUAUUCAGAUAAGAAUCCUAUGCUGAGCUCAGCACAAGUAGCAAAUGAUCUUUCCAAAUGUUCUAUCAAAGAUAUCGAGAAGCCACACAAGGACAAGAGUGGUGGACCUGGUGGUAUCCCGAUGACAAGGCUUCCCAUUCAAGUCCCUCAAAGUAUUCAAGCGGGCCCUGCUCGUCCUGGGAAAGUUGUUGGCUCUGUACUGCGAUACAACAACUGUGCCACAGCAGCCGAUACAGUUGUUGACCAGCGAAGAAUGGUCAGAAACCCUUCUACCACAUCUCAAUACACCUCUUCGAAUGGUUCAUAUCCAAGAAGAAACCCGGGCUGCAAGAAUGACAGGGGAGAAGACGAUGGAAUUGAAGGGUCCAAUGGAUUGCAGCCAAAACCACAGUACAUGGCAAGGAAAGUUGCUGCUGCUCAAGGUGGACCGGGAAGUCAAUGGUAUUGAUGAUGGUUAUACACCCCAGUAGGCACACUUUGUCUUCCAUCUCUCCACUCUUGUGGAUGGUCAUCACCAUCAUCCCUUGAUGGAGGUGCUAUGAACUAGACUCACCUGCUUCGGGUACUCUAUCAUGCAAUGGAUUUCGUCGGUGCUAAAGGUGAUUCGAAAGAUUGUGGCCGAGGAACUUUCUUGGCUUGGGAGGAUGAUGUGGAGCGGAGAAUGGAACAGGUUGUAAUUUAUUUCUCUAACUGAGGUUAAAAGAGCUGAAAUAGUCAGGUUCUUGGUCCGUUAGCAUACCGGUGUGUUGCCAUGUCUGAUUUAGCUCAGUAUUGAGUCCACGUGAAAGGAGUCUGAUGUUCGUAAAUGGGAGUCGGGUAGUGUUGGUUGGUUGCUUACCAGAUUCUCUGCACCUCUUCUUGUUCUUUCCUAUGUAGAAGUUUUCCUACCCUUAUUUUGUUCACCCCAAAUUAUUCGUUUUUCGCUACUUGUACACUUCUCCUAUCUAUGUAUCUCUGUCAAAUAAAGAUUCUGGGUUCAGUACUUGUGAUAUUCCAUGGCAAUGUAUCUACAUACGGACUACCUAGUUGUUACAAUUUGUGCUCACUUAUUGUUUCAUGCAAGC